CGCGUUGCAUAGUAAUGAAUAUGAAACGGUUAAAAAUCGCUUUGCGUAGUAUUUUGAUUUGAAAGUAUUUUGUUUGUAUUUAUUUGAAAUUUAAUAUAUAUUUAACAUACGUACUCUAUGGUAUAAGUUUUGUUUUGUGUCCAAAUCAAUAAAUCUCACGAUAUAAAGCAACAAUGGAUUCAGAGGUGAUCAAGGAAAAAAUACACAUGGAGCCGGUAUUAAAUGAUCCGCGGUAUAUAACCUUACUUAGUUUUAUCGUUCUCAUUUUUACGCUGCUGAUCUGGUGGUGCUUCACAAGACGUCGCCAUCAACGCACAAGCGUACUUCUUACUGGGCUUUCAGAUUCAGGCAAAACUUUGUUAUUUGUGAGACUGGCCUAUUCCCAAUAUAGACAAACUUUUACAUCAAUGAAAGAGAAUGUAGAAGAAUAUAUCACAAAUAAAUCUCUCCGAUUAGUUGAUCUUCCUGGCCAGGAACGCUUAAGGAACAAGUUUUUUGACCAGUACAAGAGCAGUGCAAAGGCUAUAAUUUAUGUUAUAGAUUCAGUCACCAUUCAAAAGGAAAUCCGGGAUGUUGCAGAAUAUCUGUACACCAUUUUAUUGGACCCAGUGGUACAAAGCAAUAACCCACCUUUGCUAAUCCUUUGCAACAAACAAGAUCAACCACUUGCCAAGGGCAGCCAAGUGAUUAAAAGUCUUCUAGAGAAAGAAAUCAAUCUUGUACGUGUCACUAAGUCAAGUCAGUUGCAGUCAGUCGACCCAUCCCAAUCAAACAACUCCACAUAUCUUGGAAAACCUGGAAAAGAUUUUGAAUUUGCUCAUAUUGGCUCUAAAGUAGAAUUCGCAGAGUGUUCUGCUAAUACCGGUGAUGAUGACAAUCCAGCAGAUAUGAAAGCUUUGCAAGACUGGAUUUACAAAAUCUAAUUACUUACUGAAAGAG